UUCGCAGUGUGUUACACAAAAUUUUCUCCGCCUAAAACCCUUCAAGUUUGGUAUCAGAAAAAACAACCUCUUUCACUCUUGGUUCCAAAACCAAAAACCCUUUGGUUGUUUUUUGUUCUUGUCGUCGUCUCAGAUGGAGAUAGAGCAGAAACAAGCCCAGCUGAUCGAUCACUUUGUGAAGCAAGCCUCUACUCUCCAAGGCUCUUCUCUCGUCACCCUCAUCGUCCAAGUCACCUCCCACAAUUCCCUCUUCGCUUUCUCUGAGAUUCUUGCUGUCCCCAAUGUCCUCCAGCUUCAAGGAACUGAAUACGCUGUAUACAUUGAUGUGCUUCGCCUCUUUGCUCAUGGUACAUGGAGCGAUUAUAAAAGUAAUGCUAGCCUUCUUCCACCACUAGUCCCAGAUCAAAUUAUCAAGCUGAAGCAACUUACUGUGCUGUCUCUAGCUGAGACAAAUAAGGUUUUAUCCUAUGAUCAACUCCUUGAGCAACUUGAUCUUUCAAAUGUACGCGAACUUGAAGACUUUCUUAUCAAUGAAUGCAUGUAUAUGGGCAUAAUCAAGGGGAAGUUAGAUCAUUUGAAAAGAUCUGUUGAGGUUCAGUUUGCAGCUGGGAGGGAUCUUAAACCUGGCCAGCUUGGGAAUAUAAUAGAGACCUUAACGGAUUGGUUAGCCACUACCGACGAUGUACUUGUCACAAUUGAGGAGAAGAUCAAAUGGGCUGAUAAGAAGUGUGAGUUGAAUACAACACACCAAAAGGAAGUCAAGGACAGAGUGGAAGAAAUGAAGAAGUCUAUUAGUCACAACAGGUUGCCCCGUGAAUACCGUGUUGAAGAUUUUAUGCUUGGUGAACAAGGUGGGUUAAUGGACUAUGAAGAAGAUCGAACCAGGAUGAAGAGAUUGUUUUGCAGGAGAAGGUCGCCAAGGUAUUGAAAGUGAAAGUUGCCGAUCAGAUUUUCAUUUUCAUGGCAUUCAUAUGCUAAAACUGUCGGGUAUGAUCUUUUAUGUUUCAAUAGAACCAUGGAGAAGGCGAGGUGAGGAUUUUGCUUAGCACAAUGCAUUGUUCAUGGUAGGGUGAUGGUAUAGGAUUGCACAGCAUCCCAUGUAUUGAUAAAUUUUAUAUCCUGUAACUAAUCCUUUUUUUUUUGGAGAAUUAUAACUAAUGCA